CGGCGCAGCUUCAUGGCGGGAGCGCAGGCGGUCCUGGUGGCUGCAGGUGACAGAGGCGCAGCAAGGGCCGCCGCGGCCCUGUCGAGAUGAGGAAAUUGAGGCACGGAGAUUAAUCUGACCCAGAUAAUACCUUGAGUGGUAGAAACAGGAUGCAAACUUGGACAGUCUGGCUCUAGAGUCUACACUCUUAACCACUACGUUGUAUUGGCACUCCAACAAGAUGAGUCGUGAAUAUUCUGAGAACAACAAUUUCGUGAAUAAUAAUAACCAAAUGGUGUUGGACAUGAUCCUUUAUCCAUUGCUUGGAAUCCCUCAAACCAUCAACUGGGAAACAGUAGCAAGGCUUGUGCCAGGAUUAACACCCAAAGAGUGUGCAAAAAGGUUUGAUGAACUGAAGAGCAGUGGAAACUCACCCGUUGACAACCAGUAUAAUCCCCUAAUGGCUGCUGGAGAGAGUCCUGUUGAAACUUUAGCCACGUAUAUCAAAUCAUCACUUCUUGACACACAGGGAGAAUUUCAGGAGACUCCAGUUGGUCAGGAUGUAGUUUCCAAAACAGGAAGACAUAGUAUAGCUUCCACAAGGAAUUGUUCUUCAGAAAGUGAAAAUUGUACUACUCGUAAUGGUGGAGAAAAGACUGAAGAAUCUGAAGGGCCAAACAUGGUGAUCCAUGUAUGUGAUGAAGCAAAAAACUUGAAAGAAGAUUUUAUUUGCCCACGAGAUCUUUUGAUAUCAGAAAUGAAGUACUUUGCUGAAUAUUUAUCUAUGGAUGCCCAGCGCUGGGAAGAGGUAGACAUUUCAGUUCAUUGUGACGUUCACAUUUUCAACUGGUUGAUAAAAUAUGUUAAAAGGAACACUAAGGAGAAUAAAGAUUGUGAGAUACCCACUUUAGAGCCAGGAAAUGUCAUUUCAAUUCUUAUUUCUUCAGAGUUCUUGAAAAUGGAUUCAUUAGUUGAACAAUGUAUUCAGUAUUGCCACAAAAAUAUGAAUGCCAUAGUAGCUACCCCUUGCAACAUGAACUGUAUUAAUGCAAAUCUUCUUACACGUAUAGCUGAUCUGUUCACACACAAUGAAAUUGAUGAUCUAAAGGACAAAAGAGAUAAGUUUAGAAGUAAACUUUUUUGUAAGAAGAUUGAGAGACUGUUUGAUCCUGAGUACUUGAAUCCAGAUUCUCAGAGUAACGCAGCAACUUUGUACAGAUGCUGUUUGUGUAAGAAACUUCUAACAAAAGAAACAGAAAGAAGAAUUCCUUGUAUUCCUGGAAAAAUCAAUGUGGAUCAACAUGGAAAUAUUAUCUAUAUUCACAUAAAAGAUAAGACGUGGGAUGUUCAUGAGUAUUUGAAUAGUCUUUUUGAAGAAUUAAAAUCUUGGAGAGAUGUAUAUUGGCGUUUGUGGGGAACGAUCAACUGGCUGACGUGUUCAAGAUGCUGUCAGGCAUUUCUCUGUAUGGAAUUUUCACAUUGUCAGUUCCACCCAGAAAGCAUUUAUCCUGCUGCAGCAGGUUCAUCGAGUGCUGUUGGCACUGGGGUUUACCCCUGCUGUAGCCAGAAGGUUCUUCGGUUUGACCCCACUCAGCUUACCAAGGGCUGUAAAGUGAGAGACCAUGUGGUUGCACUUUGUGAUCCAGGUGAAGGUGGAGAGUUGCUGUCCUGUACCACUACUACAAUACUGGAUGAUCUGCACAAGCACAAAGAUGUUAUUGCUCUGCCCUUUUCAAAAGAUACAGUUAGUGAUCUUGGAGUUGGUUCCUGUGAUGAAAAGGGUCUACAAUGUGAUGUUUUACUGGAGCCAAAUACACCAUGGGGCCCCAAAACUGGGGAGCUCAAUGCUUUCUUGUCACUGAAAAACUGGACUCUCCAGCUGAAACAACAGUCAUUAUUUUCAGAAGAAGAAGAAUAUACCACUGGAUCUGAGGUCACUGAAGAUGAAGUUGGAGAUGAAGAAGAAGUAUCCAAGAAAUAAAGUAUUGGAUUCUAAGUUAAAAUCAAAUCUCACUAUUUAUGAAGGGGUUACAUUCUAAACCUUUAAUGCAAAGCAUAGGGAAUUGGCUUUAUAUAUCUACAUGAUAGGUUACAACAUAGAAAAAAAAUAAAGAAAACACAGGAGGUGGCCAGGUGUGGUGGCUUACAUCUGUGAUCCUAGCACUUUGGGAGGCCAAGGCAGGAGGAUUGCUUGAGGCCAGGAGUUUGAAAUCAACCUAAGCAAGGAGACCUAUCUCUAGAAAAAAAAUAGAGAAGUUAGCCAGGUGCAGCACCUAUAGUUCCAGCACCAAUAGUUCUAGGUACUAUGAAGGUUGAGGUAGGAGGAUUGCUUGAGCCCAAGCAUUUGAGGUUACAGAGAGCUAUGAUGAUGCCACUAUACUCUAGCCCAGCAACAGACUAAGUGUCUUUAAAAAAGAGAAA